AUGCCACCACAGACCCGCUCCGGCGGACGGGUUACCGCUGCCCCUCCUCCCGACCGAGUCUACAAGUCCGUCAAGCCGGCCAAGCAAGCAAAGUUCCCGCCCCGACGAACGGAAGUGCGAACCUACAGCGCCCGCAAGCCCACCGCUCGUAUCCCCAAUCACCAGCAAAAGACCUUGACCCAGAUGUACGACACUACGCGCUCAUCGCCUGUGCGAUUCGACCUAUCCGAUGAUGAAGAAAACCCUGUGCCUAAGAAGAGGAGGAGAAAGACCAUGGGAGAUGAACCGACACCGAGCUCUUCUUUCCACACGCAGACCUUGACGCAGAUGUCGCGGAGAUCUUCAGAGAAAUCUCCAGCUGAAGAAGAAGAAGAAGAAGAAGACGUAUGGCAAUUCCAGCCCUCGGACGACGAGACAGAGAAGGACCCACCAGUGCUCCCUUCGGCCAGCGACAAAGAGAAUCAAUUGCCUGGCAAGAAGGCUCCAAGCAGGACACCGUCCGUUGUCCCGCAAACCCCAACCAACAAGCGCAUCAUUCUCGAGAUUCCAUCGUCACAAGGCAGCCCGCUCACUCCCAUGCUGGCUAGAUAUAGCCCGGCGCCGAAGAGGUCUCCCUUGAAAGACAAGUCAACGAAUACAAUGUCCCCGUUGCCGAAGCUUACCGGAUCUGUCAAACGCCCGCGAACUCUUACGGUUCAGGACUCUUACGCGACGGCGGGCAGCCAGAGCUCAACCCAGCUCACCUCUCCUUCCAAAAUGCCACUGCAGCCCUCUAAGAACGUUCGUUUUAUCACGCCACAUCCUACGGCCAGCCUAGCUUUAAUGGAGGAGGAAGAGGAGGAAACGGAAGGCGAAGAGGUAGAAGGACGUGAUGUCAGCCCAUCACCCCGUAGACCUCCGAGAUCACCUCUGCGGGAAAUUGCAGACUCUGAGGAUGAAUCCGAUGAGCUUGAAAUUCUGGAUGAAGAGGCUGAAGGAUACGAAGCAGUCGGCGAAGAAACUCAGUUCCAGAUGGAUCAGCUGCUUGCUUCGUCGGAAGAGAGGCAGACUUCCAAGGAGGCAUCCCCUGCAGAGGAGGGCGACUCUGAUAAGGAGAAUGUCACCCCCUCUGUCAGCGAGGAGGAUGAAGAGGAAGCCACGGUGGUUCUGUCGAAGCCGUUCGCUUUCCCCAAGCUAGGACGCUUGGAGUCGAAUGCAUCAGAUCGCAGGGAGACUGUCGAGGUCAUCACAUCUUCUCCUGAACCUACCCGCGACAGCGGCUCUAGUGUCAUUAACGAAGCAAGUGGGGAAACUAAUGACGAAUCUAUCUCUCAGACACCCACGCAAAGUCAGAGAAUACCCAAGACCAAGGGGAAGGCCCCUGUUGAGACACCAAAGACACCAAAGACGCCCCACACACAAGGUUUGGAGAGUCAGCGACUUCCUCAAGAUGUCGUCAAUGGUAUGGGCCCUCAAGGCGACCGCACCGACAUCUUCAUCUCCAUACACCCAGAGCAUAUCGAGGAGAUUGUGGCUGGCAGGAAGAACCACGAGUUCCGCAACUAUAAGAUCCCGCACACGGUCUCGCGAAUGUGGCUCUACAUUACCCAGCCCGUCGCAGAGCUGAAGUACAUGGCAUGCUUCAGUGACGCAAAGACACCGGGCGAGAUCGAUGAAGACGGCAUUGGCAACGCGGAGUUUAACCAGAAGAAGGGAUCUAAGUUUGCCUAUCAUCUGUAUAAGCUCUACGAGUUGAACGACCCAAUGUCUCUUCAGUACAUGAUGGAUCGGGAUUACCUCCAUGGGCCGCCACAGAAGUACACAUACGUGCCGCCGGCCGUCGUGGGGCAUUUGAUGGCCAACCUGCGAUGCUCCGUAUUCGGAGAUGACGAAGACGAGGAGGACGAAGUCGGGCCUGAGCCUGAAACCGGUAGAGAAGGAUCGUUGCCGGUUGUCGUGGGACCUACACAGAAUUGCACGAUAUCUCAGGAACUGGCCGAGCAGAUUCGAAGUGAUAUCGAGCACUCGACUCAACACCACUCAUCGGACGCCGACUUGCUGGUACCGUCCAGCCAGACACCAACCAAAAGUCGACGGAAAUUCGGCACAGAGCUCCACCUCACCAAGCCCACCUUACCGCCGACACCCUUCAGCCGGCCGCCCAACCCCACACCCCGCCGUGCGGUAAGGCCUUCGCAGGCAACGACGGUCAGCCAGGCGUCGAGCCCCUCGCAGUCGCCAUUCAAAUCUGUGCCACGGCCCACACACGCGAACUCAAGUCUGCCCAUCUUCGUGGACGACGAGGAUGAUAGUCCGAUCCGCUUGCCGUCUGGCACAUUCCAACUGGAUUCAUCCCAGUUGCUGUCUAAGAGCCAAAUGUUGCCUGAGAGUUUAUUGCUAGAGGGUCGGGGGGACGACGAAGAUAUUGUGUUUGAUUCGGAGCAGGAUGAGCUAUAA